CUUCUGAGCGGAGUAAAGGAACCAGCGGAGCUUGGUUCCACUUCCGGCGGGGAAGGCAAAGGAGGGCACCACCGGAAGCAAGGAAGGUGCUGUGUAAUCAUUGAGAAGUGCUUGGGUCUCUUAAAAUGCCGGAUUACCUCGGUGCCGAUCAGCGGAAAACCAAAGAGGAUGAGAAGGACGACAAGCCCAUCCGAGCUCUGGAUGAGGGGGAUAUUGCCUUGCUGAAAACUUAUGGUCAGAGCACUUACUCUAGGCAGAUCAAGCAGGUUGAAGAUGACAUUCAACAGCUUCUCAAGAAAAUUAAUGAGCUUACGGGUAUUAAAGAAUCUGACACUGGCCUGGCCCCACCAGCCCUCUGGGAUUUGGCUGCAGAUAAGCAAACGCUCCAGAGUGAACAACCUUUACAGGUUGCAAGAUGUACAAAGAUAAUCAAUGCUGAUUCGGAGGACCCAAAGUACAUUAUCAAUGUGAAGCAGUUUGCCAAGUUUGUGGUGGAUCUCAGUGAUCAGGUGGCACCUACUGACAUUGAAGAAGGAAUGAGAGUUGGUGUGGACAGGAAUAAAUAUCAAAUUCACAUUCCACUGCCUCCUAAGAUUGAUCCAACAGUUACCAUGAUGCAGGUGGAGGAAAAACCUGAUGUCACGUACAGUGAUGUUGGUGGCUGUAAGGAACAGAUUGAGAAACUGCGAGAAGUAGUUGAAACCCCAUUACUUCAUCCAGAGAGGUUUGUUAACCUUGGCAUUGAGCCUCCCAAGGGCGUGCUGCUCUUUGGUCCACCAGGUACAGGCAAGACACUCUGUGCUCGGGCAGUUGCUAAUAGGACUGAUGCUUGCUUCAUUCGUGUUAUUGGAUCUGAACUUGUGCAGAAAUAUGUUGGUGAGGGAGCGCGAAUGGUUCGCGAACUCUUUGAAAUGGCUAGGACCAAAAAAGCCUGCCUUAUAUUCUUUGAUGAAAUUGAUGCUAUUGGAGGGGCUCGUUUUGAUGACGGUGCUGGAGGUGACAAUGAAGUGCAGAGAACGAUGUUGGAACUGAUCAAUCAGCUGGAUGGCUUUGAUCCUCGAGGCAAUAUUAAAGUGCUGAUGGCCACUAACAGACCUGAUACUUUGGAUCCAGCACUGAUGAGGCCAGGGAGAUUAGACAGAAAGAUUGAAUUUAGCUUGCCUGAUCUAGAGGGUCGGACUCACAUCUUUAAGAUUCAUGCUCGUUCAAUGAGUGUUGAAAGAGAUAUCAGAUUUGAAUUGUUAGCACGAUUGUGUCCAAAUAGCACUGGUGCUGAAAUUAGAAGCGUCUGCACAGAAGCUGGUAUGUUUGCAAUUAGAGCUCGGCGAAAAAUUGCUACUGAGAAGGAUUUCUUGGAAGCUGUAAAUAAGGUUAUUAAAUCCUAUGCCAAAUUUAGCGCUACUCCCCGCUACAUGACAUACAACUGAGCACCGAAGGCUUUCAAAUGAAAAUACUUCUUUUAAUCAGAAUCCAAACCUUAUAUAGACUUGCUAACAACCAUUUCACAAAAAAAUAAAUGGUUUCAAGAUGGAAUGCUUUUUCCCCCCAGAUCUCUUUAUUUUACAGUAAAAGGUGAGAUCUAAAGACAUUAGGCAGAAAGUUUAUUAAAUAUGUGUUGACAUUUUUGAUUUGCUACCAUUUAUGGGGUAUCAUAUCAUAUAAAAUGUUUGCUUAGAUCACAUGUUAAAGGCAUAUGCUAGGUGCUGUAUGUAGUAUCUCAUUGUAUAUCCCAUCUGCUCAGCAAGGUGGAUCUAAUGGAUCUUGAUCUAAUGGACGCAGAAACUUUCUACAUAAUUUACUCAGUGGCAGAGCUGGAGUUCAAUCAAAGUGUGUCCGCUCCAUUGCCUAAGCUUGUAACCUUUAAGCUCUUCUGCCCUUCAUCAAAACAGCCCAUCUAGGCAAAUGACCACGUUGUGGUGUGACGGUUUUCCCUCACCACAUUCAAUAAUAACGCUUUGGCCAGACUUCUUUUUAAAGUGGAAGAAGAAUCUGAUGUAAUGUUCCGCUUUGCUGUUUAACUUUUAAAGUAACAAGAAUUAGUGAUUCCAAUGAACAGUGAAAUGGUGCGGAUAAAGCAGAAAGAAAAAUGUGUAUAUAUAAUCUAACUUAGAAAAUCUAGAAUUGAAUUCAUACAGAGAUUGCUUAUUUUCAUUUAAGAUUAAUGGUUUGAAAUAUUGGUGAAGCUCCUGUUAGACGUAUGGUUUACAGUGAACUAUUUGUAAUAAAGGUGUAGUAUUAGAAUUGUCAACAGAUCAGUUUAAAAUGAUUUCUGUGCAACCACCACCAAACCCUCUCUUCUACUAUGUCCACCCCAUCUCCAUACCAGUAUCCAAGCACAAUAAAAACAUUUUUAUUGCAGUUCCAUAUUCAUAAAUAAGUAAAGUAGCAAGAACUGGAUGAGUUACUAAUUCACAAAAGAAAAACUUGACAACAUAGAAAAUGCUGUAAGUGCUGCACUGAAAUAAACUUAAGGAAGUUAUCAAGCAGAGAAAUUAAAACCCUUCAUUCAUGAAAUCCAACCAACAUUCUUUCUUGAUAUUUUAUUUACAUAAAAUUGAUCAUAAAAAUUUUGAUUUUCAUUUUACUAGUCCUGCCCUAUUCUUUCUUGGGGUAUGAAUUAGAGUGAACCAUUUCUAGGUUAAGCUUACAAUAAAAUAUGUUCAAGUGAAUGACUGAAACUGCUUUGAUUUAAAAAUGUAAGCAUUUAGAGCAUGCUCUUUGAAGUCAUUCCAUUUUCCCAUAUAGCCAUAUACUGACAUCAUCUACACCAAUUCGAGACAAUUGGAUAUUUGAGCUAGCUCAGGCUUAAGAUGAUACAGGUUCUGAAUAAUCUUGACAUUUCAGUUAGUUAUAUGAUGAAAAUCCAACUGGCCACAUAUAAAGUAUACAAUGAAUUAUUUGAAAAAUUUGAGUGUUUCUGUCCAAGCAUAUGUAUCAACACUAUAUAGUAUGUUUAUCUGUUUAAAAAGAUAAAAAUAUAAUUCACUGGUAACUCCCUCCACCUAAUAUAUAUAUAUGAAGGUGCUGAAAAAUCAAAAUAUGAAGAGUUUAUGAUUUUAGAAGAAUAUACUAUAGGGUUCCUUUAAAAAACAUUUUUAACAUUUAAAAAUGUGACAGGAUUUAUAAAAUUCAAUUUCCAUGAGUCUUACCAGAUUCAUCUGUUACAUAAAAUGAAAUACUAUAAACCAGUACAACAAAUAGCCUGAACCUUUUCUGAAAGACAAGGUGGAUUUUUGAGAUACCCAAACUUGAUUAAAUCCAAAUCAGUAAGCAGUCAGGCUACCUGGUACAGUACUAGCUUUAUUAGCACUAAACCAUGCUAUCACAAAUCUAAACAUAUUGAAUCUUCCUAAGAGCAUCCCUGAAAGAGGCACUAAACAGAAGGACCAACAGAAUUUUUGUGCUCACAUCACACAUACAGUAUUACAUCAAGGAAGUUUUGUUUGAUUUUAGAAUUUAAAUUGGUUUACUAUCUUUAACAGGGCAGACAUAAUAAAGCCUUUCCCCACCAUACCCCCUUCCUUCCCUCAUUACAAAAGGGUACAACUCCCAACACACUGAAAAAUACACCCUACCCACUUCAGGACAGAUGACAGGGCUUGCUACCCUCCCCGUCCUUCACGCACAUGAGAGGGCAGACUCGAGGUGGGCCUUUCCUUUCUCUGCUACACAGGUUAGGAUAUAGGAUCCAGCUACAUGGAGUGGAUAUUUUAGAUGUUGCCAGAAAACUAUAAAAUGACCUACUCCUAGGGCUUGAAGAAGAUUCAUACCCUUAACUCUUGUCUCUGGGUCCCAGUGCAGAUGAGAUUGGUAGUUGUGAGCCCACUAUAAGCUGCCAUAUGAUUAUGAUUAUACAAAGCCUGUGUAUAAUCAUAUGACUUGAAUUUGGAGCUUACUGGCCCCUGGUUGAGAAUUGUUUUCAAACAUUCAACCCAUUCAUGGAUGCAGAUAUUAACCACUGUUUUGCUCAGGAUUUAAGAAAGACAAAGGACUUUAUGGGACCUUCCUGAAAACAGGGUUUUUGCCAUAUUGCAAUAAAACAAGGCCAGUUUAAUCCUUCCUAUCUAUCAAUGUGAAUUAUAACCAUUUCUAUAGGGCAGUAUAAAUCUAAAUCUGAAUUAGGGUUGGAAAGCAAAAAGACACAUACUAGCAACUAUUAAGGUCCAGAAAGAGGGUUUAUACAUUAAUCCCUUGAAAGGUAAAAAGAAAAUUUGAAUGUAAGAAAAAAUGUCAGGAAAUUUUUUACUGUAUGAAAAAAUUUUAAGUAAAAGAUUCCAACAUAUUUACAUAUAAAUAUUUUUUGAAAUGAACUCUUUAUGUUUUCAGAUGCAUGUUAAAACAAAAAUAAAUUUUCCCGUCUUCA